CACACACCAGGUGAAAGAGGUUUUCUUGAUUAAUGCCUCCACAUUCACAACUAAUAAAAGCACCCACAGUGUCAGUAGCAAGUAUUCAGUCAUGAUGGCUUUCUUUUGGCAAGGUGCACUGCUUUUGAGCCUAGCAGCCUUCAUGUCAGUAUACGCAGACAUGAAACUGGAUUGUAGGCCAGAUUUUGUGACAGUGGUGUGGAUAGAGAGCAGAUCCCAAGCUGAUCUUUCACUGUUUCGUCUGGGUAACUGUUUCCCCACCAGCAUCUCAGCCAGGGAGGCUGUUUUCAGUGUGGAUUUCAAUGAUUGCAACUUCAGGCGAAUGGUUACUGGGGAUCAGCUGAUCUACACCAAUGAUCUGACCUAUAUUUCCUCUCCUGAUUCUCACAUUCUCGCUUUCACACACCCAGUUGUCUGUGUGUAUGAGAGGCCCAAAGACUGGUACCCUCUGAUUUAUGACCCAGUGUUUCAGACAUAUGGUCAAGGAGAUCUAGUGUUUCACAUUGGACUCAUGAAUGAUGACUUCUCAGGCCCCGCUGAAUCUACUAGCUUUCCUCUGGGCUCCUUCAUCCCCAUCAUGGCUAGUGUGGCGCAGAAAACCCAUCAGCCCUUGCUGCUGCUUCUGGAGGAAUGCGUCGCGGCUUCCACACCUGAGCUGCAGCCUGAUAGCAGCAUAUACCCAAUAAUCACCAAUAAGGGAUGUCUUGUGGACAGUAUGAUUUCACGCUCAAAAUUCGAACCAAGGCAAAAAUCAUCAGAGAUCCACCUGUCCCUUCAAGCCUUCAGGUUUGCUCUCGGAGAACAGGUGUUUAUCCACUGCACACUUGUGGCUUGGGAUCCCAGUGGUCUUGACAACACCAAGAAGGCCUGCCAUUAUGUCAAAGAGCAGGGUUGGGAACUGCUAGACAACCCUUCAUAUAGCAACCUUUGUGACUGCUGUGAAUCCAGCUGCAAGUCCAGGAGGAUGAGGAGUAUAGCAACAGGAAAGCAUGGAAUAGUACAAAAAGCAGUCCUUGGGCCGCUUACCAUCACUGAUGUGAAUUCCUGAAGUAUCACCAAGGAAUGGAUCCAUCUUGCAGACUAGUUCCUUCAAUUUGAAUUGGGUUUUUAUUCUUGGUUAAGCUUCCUAAAGCUUGAUGCCUGUCUCUUUGCAUUUCAGAUUGUAAUGUGGCCAUUAAAGAUGUAUCAAACAACUAAA